GGGGCAUCUUCUUGGCACCUGGUAUAUAAAGUGGCGUGCCUGAGUGCCCCAGUAUCAUUCUCUCACCAAGACCUCCAACAUGAAGUUUGUUAUUAUCGUUGCUUUAGCAGCUGUUGCUGUUGCUGAUAAAUUACCAACUUCCUACGCACCCCCUGCCCCAGCUCCUAACUAUGGCGCCCCUGCUGCCUCAAACAGAGCUGCCGUCGAAGUAGCCCUUCCACCCGUGGCUACCCUGAGGGACGAAAGGACCCAGGACGAGUUCGGAAGCUUCAGUGUUGACUUCGAGGCCGAAAACAGUAUUGUUUUCUCCCAGUCUGGUUCUCCAAAUGGGCCAGAAGACUCCGUCGUCAAGUCUGGGGUUUACUCUUACACUGCUCCUGACGGCACCUUCGUCGAGGUGAAAUACGUCGCCGAUGAGAAUGGCUAUCAGCCCCAAUCCGACCUACUUCCAGUGGCUCCCGAAUUCCCCCACCCAAUUCCCCAGUUCGUCCUCGACCAGAUCGCCAAGGCUGCUGAAGAAGACGCUGCUGCAGCACGCGAGGCAGCAUCAGCCCGAAGCAACUCCUACGCUCCUCCCCCUCCCCCCCAACCUUCAACUGGCUAUGGGGCACCGCAGUAGAAGGUGGCCCGUAUACAUAGCCCUGGCUUAUAGCCAGUCCAAUUCAUGGAGACGUUAUUAUCUUCAUUUUAAUUUUCAUAUUGGGAUUAGUCGAACUGGAACUUCUAGAGGACAACAGUAUAAAGAUGCUCUUUCGUGAAUAUGUGAUGCUUUGAUUAUUUAUUUUUCAACUAUCAACGCUGAUAAAUCUACUUAUCAUGUACAUAGUAAUCGAUAUUUAAAGGCUGUCUACUCAAUAAAUUCUGUCAAGCA